AUGGCGCCUACCGCUUUGAAAAGGCUCAUUACGGUGCAGUACACGCGAUUAGCAGAAAUCGAGUUGUCGAGCUCUCGAUUAAGAGACAAAGAUCGCAGCACUUUUAAUCGAAAUAUUAUAGCUUCGCGAAUCGAGUCCCUACAGGAAAUCUGGAAGGAUGUGCGUAGCGCGCAUGCUGAUAUUUCAAUUCGUGAUGAGGCGGAGGGCGACGCGUAUCUUACGGAUAAUGUGAUUGGCCGCUUGCAAUCGACAUACGAAGAUACGCUUGAUUUUUUGUUGACUGUACAAGCGGAAUUGGAGGCUGCAGAGCAGCCUACCUUGCCGACCGGGCCACCGAACGCUAGCUCUUCUUUAACACUCGAGCACCGCGCGGCUAAACUUCCCAAAUUAGAUUUGCCCACGUUUUCCGGUCAAUACGAGGACUGGGAAAAUUUCUGUGAUUUGUUCACUAGCUUAGUACACAAUGCACCCGGCUUGGCUGAUGCAAGCAGGUUGCAAUAUUUAAAAACUUGUUUAAAGGGGGCGGCUGCGGAUCUCGUUAAAGAUGUGACGACUACGAACGCGAAUUAUUCGGCGACGUGGCAAGCUUUGAAGGCGCGUUUUCACAAUCCGCGUUUGAUUGUAUACAAACAUUUAAGGGCACUUUUGGAUAUGCCAUAUUUGAAAAAAGAAUCCGCAACAGAGUUGCGUUCAUUUGCUGACGAAGCUCAGCGUAUAGUACGGGCGUUAACAAAUUUGCAAAUGCCAGUAGGGCAUUGGGAUAUUUGGUUUGUUUAUAUCCUAGCGGCUCGUCUGGACUCCGAUUCUCAAAAAGCGUGGGAGACGGAAUUAAGUGUUAGGGAUCGUCGUAUGGUUUUAGAUAGCGUCGCGGAAUUGGGGGACGUAAACCCUUUAGAUCGAUUUCCGAAAUUCGCGGAUUUAUCCGAGUUUUUAGAAAAACGCGUUCAGGCGCUCAGUAUGGUCGCUUCAAAUAGUAUUAAACCGGAAAAAGGGCCUUCAGCUAUACCUAAGACUGUACUGGGCUCGCGACGGGUAUUCCAUGCUGUUUCGUCUCAACCUUCAGUUGAUGGGAAACCGAAGUGUCCCUUGUGUACUGGCGCGCACUGGUUAGCCAAGUGCUAUAAAUUCCAGGCCAAGAGACCUUUCGACCGCCGUAGAGAGGUACGCCGGUUACAACUCUGUUACAAUUGUUUUGGCCGUCAUAGGGUGUCCGACUGUCGUUCGUCUUUCCGUUGCACGCAAUGCAAGGAAAGGCACCAUAGUAUGAUUCAUUUGGUACAGGCCAGCGGUUCUCAGUCAAAGGAAAAAGAUUCGGUUGAGUCACAGGGUUCAAACGACGGGAAACCCUCUACGUCCUCGGGUGUUAAUGUGCACACUGCACGUGUUCUUUCGCGUAGGUAUACGGUGCUGUUAGCAACUGCUCAGUUAACGUUGGAAGGGCCACACGGGGCGCAGACCCGUGUGCGGGCUUUGCUAGAUCAGGGAUCUCAAGGUUCGUUUAUAUCCGAAUCAGUUGCUAACCUUCUAGGUUUACGAAAGCGUCGCGUUGAUGUUCCGUUAAUGGGUCUCGGUGCGAAAUCUGCCGGCACUGCCUGUCUGGCUACGAGUUUUAAAAUAUGUUCGUUAGUUGACCCGUUGUUUCAACUCGAAACGGAAGCGUUGAUCCUGCCGAAACUCACGUCGCAGCUUCCGGCUCGACACAUCAUGGAGUUGGAUCUCGGGUCGUUCGCGGGGUUGUCUUUGGCGGACCCACAAUUUUAUAUUCCGGGAUCGGUCGACGUUAUUUUUGGUGCAGACAUUUAUGGUCAAUUGUUGCGUUCGGGACUGCGUAGUUUUCCUCCCUCGUCCCUGAUUGCGCAGGAGACGGUCCUUGGUUGGAUUGUCUCCGGCCCUGUACGUUCGGACGGUUCACGGCGGGCGGUCCACCAUUUAGCCGCGCCACUUCACAUGUUGCAUUGUACCGCGGAGCAUGACCUAGACGAGUCGCUACAGCGGUUUUGGAACCUCGAAGAUUUACCAGCGGCCACGUCGCUGAAACCAUUAGACGAAGCGUGCGAAAGAUUGUUUCGAGAGUCACACGGUCGUAAUGCAGACGGUCGGUUUAUUGUACGUCUUCCGUUAAAAUCUGAACCGCCAGCGGUUGGUCCGGAAACCAGACGUCCUACUAAUAACGUGUCAUUGAGUGACAAACCGUUACUUGUUUUCGCGGAGGCGUCGAAAACAACUCUUAAUUUUGUUGUAGUACUUGAUUGUUUGAGCACUGCAUGGCAACCUGACGAUAUAUCGUCCAGAUGCAUCACGUCGAAUGUGCUGCUUAAAAUGAGCUUCACACAAUUGUUCUUCUUCUGA